CUUUCAGAGCAAAAAGUGGAUUGUUCUAGGCUAGGUUUAUGUGGCAGAUUACGUCUGUAGAUAAAUUUACUGUGACAUUUAUAUUUCAAUAUUCGUAAUAAAAAAGGUGUAACUAAAUCAAUUAAUUGACUGCAUUCCUAAAAAUGUAAAUACAUAAAUUAUUUGUUGAUAACUUUUUCUUGUAAAUUUGUGCGUUUUAAUAAAUAUUAUUAUAUUCAAAAGUGUAAGAUACCAAAGGAAAAUGGCCGAAGAAAAUGAAUGCUUAUAUGAUUCUAUGUUAAAAGAUCGAGUGCAAUAUGCGCGUCUUCAGAAGAAAGACUACUCGCACGUUUUCAGAAGAAAAUCUUACCUCGACAUUUUGCGACUUUCAGCUAUAUCAAUAGGCAUUGGUAUUGUUUAUGCUGCCGAAACAGCUUUUGUUUCACCUACUUUACUACAAAUCGGUAUCGAACAUUCAACCAUGACAAUGGUCUGGGGUCUAUCACCAAUUUUAGGCCUACUUCUGGGACCGUAUUUAGGCUCGGUAACUGAUCGCUGUCGACUUAGCUUCGGUCGACGUAGACCAAUGAUGUUGCUGCUCUCUGUGGUAAUGUUAACUGGAUUGAUUAGUUUAGCCUUUGGAAGAAAUAUUGGACAAUUCUUUGGGGAUGACAGUAUUGAAGUCAUAGAAGCCAAUAAUACAGCAGUUUCUGGUGUAUCUACAACAACAGCAGAAAACAAGCCAAAUUUACAGAUUGCAGUAAUUCUAACAAUUUUGGGAAUUAUGUUCAUGGACUUCACUGCCGAAAUAUGUCAAAACCCGUCAAGGGCUUACAUGCUUGAUGUUUCUAUUCCUGAAGAUCAUGAUAAGGUUCUGAGUACUUUUAGUGUGAUGAAUGGCCUGGGAAGCACCUUGGCAUUUGCUAUCGGUUCAAUUGACUGGGCCGAUACUGCUUUGGGCCAUUUGGUUGGAGGAAACCUUCAAGCAGUAGUCAUAAUUGAUUUGUGUUUCUUUGUACUGUGCUUUUGUAUAACAUACUUUAGCUUCAGAGAAAUUCCACUGCCACUUAUCGAAAGGAAUAAGCUUCUACAACCAUUGACAAAGGCUACGAUCCAAAGCAAUGGUUUGUCAAACCCCAAUGGGAAGAGUAUUACUGGAGAUGUAUUAGUAAUGGAUGAUAGCAAUGCAUUUGUAAGGUACCUAAAGUGUAUCAUGCCCAAGUCCCUCUGGAUAUUGAGUUUGACGAGCCUACUCUGUUGGAUGGGACACAUUUGCUACUGUCUAUAUUUUACAGACUUUGUCGGCGAAGAAGUUUUUCAUGGCGAUCCAACGGCACCAGUUUCAUCGGAAGAAUACAACUUAUACCAGGAGGGAGUUAGAUUUGGAGGUCUGGGAAUGUCCAUUUACGCUCUUACUUCUUCAAUCUAUUCGUUUGUUCUCCAAAAAUUGAUGGUUUGGGUUAAACCAAAAUAUGUCUACAUCUUUGGUAUAAUGUCGUUUGCAAUUGGAACGUUUCUUGAAGCUGCUUAUCCGACUAAGGUUGGAGUUAUAAUGCUCAGUAUUACUGGAGGUAUUGUCUACGCUACAAUUAGCACCGUCCCUUAUAUUCUUGUUGCUAAUUAUCAUUCAAAGGGUUGUUUUGAAAUGCGUAAUGGGGAAUUUAUUUUAAUGAAUGAAAAUCGUCGAGGAAUUGGUACUGAUAUUUCCAUAAUCAGUAGCAUGUUGUUUGUAGCUCAACUUGGUAUAUCCUUAAGUGUUGGGUUCUUGGUAACGUGGACAGGAACAACUUGUGCGAUAUUUUAUGCGUCCAGCGGAUUGAGUGUGUUGGGAGCUGUAUCAGCAAUGUUUAUUUUGUAUAUUUAAGUUUAUUUGUUAUAUUAUUUUGUAGAAAAAAAAA